AUGGGGCUGCUGGAUAAACUCUCGGGCUGGCUGGGCCUGAGGAAGAAAGAAGUCAACGUUUUGUGUUUGGGGCUCGAUAACAGCGGCAAAACCACCAUCAUCAACCAACUCAAACCAUCCAGUACGCAGACACACGAAAUAGUCCCAACAAUUGGCUUCAACAUUGAGAGGUUCAAGAGUUCAAGCCUGUCAUUUACAGUCUUUGAUAUGUCUGGGCAGAGCAGAUAUAGAAACCUAUGGGAGCAUUAUUACAAAGAAAGCCAUGCCAUCAUAUUUGUCAUCGACAGCGGUGACAAACUGAGGAUGGUUGUUGCCAAAGAGGAGCUCGACACUCUACUCAAUCAUGAAGAUAUCCGCAAUAGAAAGAUGCCUGUCUUGUUCUUCGCCAACAAGAUGGAUCUGAGGGACGCCAUGUCUUCCGUCAGGGUCUCACAGUUGUUGUCUCUGGAGAACAUCAAAGAGAAACCCUGGCACAUCUGUGCCAGCGAUGCUAUCAAAGGAGAGGGUCUACAGGAAGGGUUGGACUGGCUACAUGAAUACAUGAAAACAGUGAAAACGUGA